GGAAGCAGACGAAAAUAUUUUGUCAGUCACAAAUGCAAAUUUGUUUGCACUACUUUUUAUUCGACUAAGUCAAUUCGAUUGGAAAACAAGUGUUGUGAUGAUAGAAGUUCAUUACUGAUGUUGGAGAUACGAUUCGAUUUCGCAGAGCUAUAGUUGACUGUUCUUCAUUCCGAGUAAUAUAAAACUUUACUUCUAAACUAUGUGGGCGCAAGGUAAUCAAUGGGGGAACCAGAUACCUCUGGAUGCAGCCGCAUACCAAAACAUGAAUCACGAACUUGUGGAUUGGGCCUCUUUGGCUCAGCAGUGGAUUCGAAUGAAAGAAGUACAUGAAACUGUAGUCUUGAAUGUUCCUGAAAUGGCACAAAGUCACUAUCAAAGCAAUAUUAAUUUGUUGCGCUCAUCACCAGCAGUAGAAUUACAGCCAUCAGAUUCAAAUGUGACAAGUGGUGAAGCACCUAUGGAUGUAGAGAAAGAAGAUGAAAUUACUUCUUCUGCUUCUGAUUGGAGUUGGCAAUCCCAAUCCUUGAAUCAGCAAACUCACAACUGGCCUCUUCAACAUGGACCAUAUGUUCCCAGACAUUCAUUUCCUCAAGUCACCCACCCAGGAGCUGCAAACCUUCCUACAGCACUUGGCCCUUCCCAGACAUUCCUUUCAACGAUUUCGCCUUCCAUGAAUUUCACUCCGCGUGUUCCGCUGCUUCCACUGCCUCCUUCGGCCAGGCCAAACAGUUCUGACGAAGAUAGUCUUGGAGCUUCGUCCUUUAACUCGAUACCUUCGAUAGAUGCUUCUAAGCGCAAAAAUCUACCUGCCUGGAUCCGAGAAGGUCUCGAAAAAAUGGAAAAAGAAAAACAAAAAAAAGAAGAGCGAGAAAAGUUUCUUUUAGAAAGAGAGUUGAGACGGAAAAAAGAAUUAGAAUCUGGAGGUCAAGGGGACUUGGCAGUUACUCGCAGUCGUUUCGAUGAUUCGGAAGAAGAAGAAGAUGACACAGCCGAUGAGAUCAAAUCUCCUCUCAAGGAGUCGACGACAACAGCUGUUCCCAACGCGCAAACUCUUGAGGAUAUUAUGGUAAGGAUUCGUCAACUUAUGACAGAGAUAUUAUUGGAGGUCACAACAGAAGAAAUUCGGUCAGCAGCUGUGGAAGCUUCUCAACGAGCAAAGGUCAAGAAUCGACAAGUGCAGUCCCCCCUGUCUUCGAAAUCAUUGACCCGAAAGCUUGGUUUGGAUCAAUAUGGCAGUGACAGUGAAGGCGACGACAGCGACCAGGAGACGGUGAAGGUGAACCGGACUAGUGGAUUUGAUGAUGGGACAGCUGAAUUGUUGCGCGGUAAGAACUACGAGAAGCAGCAACGGAUGGAGGAAACUCGGGCAAGCGACCGGUUUUCUCAUGUUGAGAAAGAUUUAAAUCACCCUGAAAAGCCUUCGCACUCGGUUGAGUUGGAGAAAAAUAAGAGCAGUGGAGAAAGUUUUAGUAAAGUACUGCAAGAUGGCACAAAGGUAGACAAGGACAUCAAUAAUAAAUUUCUUCAUGGUCAUGGCCAUGCGGAAACUUCGAGUCCUUCAGAAAAAGAAGAUUCGGCUGUGAAGAGUGAAAAAAUUUCUGACUGCAAAAGGGAGAUUUCUGUGGUUAGGGAAAAUAGUAUGACUUCAAAAUCUCAAGAUCGGUCGAACGCAGGAAGUAGUCGUUCUCGUCAACGAUCACGUUCUCCCGAAAGAAGAAAACGUUCGCGAUCUAGGGAUUGUCAAUAUUCUAGUAGACGAUCAAGAGAUUACCCUAAGAGUAGACGCCGAUCACGUUCUCGAGAACGGAAACGUUCCAACAGUCGCCGCAGAUCUCGUGAUCGGAGGCGAUCUGUAAGUAGACGAAGAUCGCGUUCUAAUGAUAGAAAAUCUAUGGGCAGUAAAGGGAAAGAAAGAGCUAGUUCUAAAGAUAGGAGGAAAUAGUACAUUCGGGCGUAAAGAAUGAGAAAAUGUUUCGUGCGUAAGUAAUAAAUAUACUGUGUGUGAGUGGAGUUAAUUAUAAUCUUAUGUAAUAGGAAGUUAAUACAAAUUGGAACUGUUGUCAGAAA